AUGGCGUCUCGAGGAGAAUACGUUGUUUUGGUUCUUAUGGUUUCUAGGUCUUAAUUACAACGUACAUGUGCACAUGUGUGUCGUUUAACAGAGUAAACGUCCUUAUUAAUUGUUUGUAUGCGGAUACAUUAGUCUGAGUGCACUUUGACGUGCUAGCCUAGCCUGCUGGUUAGCUUAGCUUGUUAGCUGCUAACAAAGAGAGGCGGAAGUGAUCGACACAUCAAAGAAGAGAUCCAAUACGUCUGUGAAAAAUAUUGUCCACCUGAGCAGCAGGAUGGGUCUUCCAGUAUGGAGCAGAAGAAGUCACAGCACCUCCACGUGAAAGAAGAGGAGCCACAUCCCCCUCACUUUAAAGACGAAGAAAAACAGCGGCUUUCCCCCCACUUCAUAGAGGAAGACAAGAGACACCUUAUCAGUGUGAAGAGUGAAGAUGAUAAGGUCAAUGGUGAGAGUGAGGAGAAGUGGAGCUUCAGGGUGCGGACAGAGGAGCCCCAGCUCUCCCACAUUAAGAAGGAAGAGGAAUACCCACUGAUCCCCCAUUUUAAAGAGGAAGAGGUGGAUCCACAGAGCCCUCACAUUGAGGAGGAAGAAAAGGACCUACUGACCCCUCGUAUUAAAGAGGAAGAGGAGGAACACAGCAUCAGUCAGCAGGGAGAGCAUAUUGAAGGACUGGAGGAGGUUGAUGUCACCAAGAUGCCAGUGACUGGUGUCCCUGUGAAGAGUGAAGAUGAUGAGGUCAAAAGUGAAAGUGAGGAGAGGGGAGGGGCGGAGCCUCCAAGCAGCAGGUCAACACAACACAUGACAACAGAAGCUGAUGGAGACCACUGUGGAGGAUCACAAGCAGACAAGCUCUUAGCUCCACUAUCAGAUAGUGAGGACACAACGUCACACUCUCCUGACACUGAUGAUGAAGACUCUAAAGAUGAUAAGACAUGUCACAUUGACAACACUCACUUCACAUCUUCUCUCUGUGACAAAACUUUUAAAGGCCAUCGUAAUCUGAAAAGACACAUGAAUACACACACCACAGAGAAACCUUUUUCCUGCUCAGAAAGUGGUAGAGAUUUUAGACUAAAACAAAUAAUGAAAGAACACAUGAGAAUACAUACUAGAGAAAAACCUUUUUCAUGUUUAAUCUGCGGUAAAGAUUUUACUCAAAGGCCACAUUUGAAAGUACACAUGAGAGUACACACUGGAGAAAAACCUUUUUCCUGCUCAGUAUGCGGUAAAAGUUUUGUAAUAAAUCAAAGUUUAAGAGUACACAUGAGAACACACACUGGAGAAAAACCUUUUAUAUGUUCAGCAUUUGGUAAAGAUUUUACUCAAAAGAACAAUUUCAAAGCACACGUGAGAACACACACUGGAGAAAAAAAAAGUUCAUGUUCAAUCUGCGGUAAAGAUUUUAUUCGAAGGGACUAUUUCAAAGUACACAUGAGAAUACACACGGGAGAAAAAACGUUUUCAUGUUCAAUCUGCGGUAAAGAUCUUACUCGAAGAGACCAUUUCAAAGCACACAUGAGAAUACACACUGGAGAAAAACAUUUUUCCUGCUCAGAAUGUGGUAAAAGUUUUGUAACAAAUCGAAGUUUAAAAGUACACAUGAGAACACACACUGGUGAAAAACCUUCAAUAUGAUCAGUUUGUGGUAAAAGUUUUAUAGAAAGAAAGCAAUUAAAAUCACACAUGAGAACACACUGUGGUAAAAAAAAACAAAAAAAAACAUCCUACUGUUCAAGCUGCAACAAAAGCUUUUGUCACCUAGACACUCUUACAGUACACAUGAGAAGACACACAGGAGAGAAAGUGUUGAGUUGCAGUGUGUGUGGUGAAAGAUUCUCUUAUAAGUACCAGUGUAAGAAACACAAGUGUGCUGGUGAGAACAGCAGCAGCAAAUGAAACUGCAGGAUUUGAAAUAAACUUUCUAACAACAUCAGCACUUAUAACAUGUGUGACAUUAUUGUUGUGUGUGUAACACCAUCUUGUUUUUAUGAUUCUAAAAUGUAUGGAUUAAACACUUCAGAUUAGUGCUUUUAUUUCAGUCAAAUACAUGAGUUAAUAUACACAUUUGUGUACUUUAAAAUGAACAGAACAAUUUCACUGAAAGGGUGAGAACAAACAGUACAAAA